AUGUCGCAGGUCCAAGACAAGAAGAACCUGGCUACGCGGAAGGCGCACGUCGCCAAGAAGGUCGUCCAGAAGGGUAGCUCUGGUCAGACGCGUGUGCGCAAGGUCCGCACGUCGCCGUCGUUCUACCGCCCCAAGACGCUCCGCUUGGCGCGCAACCCGAAAUACCCUCGUAAGAGCGCUCCUCACCUGCCGCGCUCGGAUGCCUGCAAGACGCUCCUGUACCCUCUGACGACGGAGAGCGCCAUGAAGAAGAUCGAGGAUGUGAACACGCUUGUUUUCAUUGUUGACCGUAACACGAACAAGCGUCAGAUUAAGGCUGCCCUCGAGAAGGCGUACGAUGUCAAGGCUGCUCGCGUGAACACGCUCAUCCGCCCUGACGGUAAGAAGAAGGCCUUCAUCCGCCUCACUCCUGACCAGGACGCUCUUGAUGUGUCCAACCGCAUUGGCUUUAUUUAA